AUGAAGAAAUGGGCUUUAGAGUGGAAGUUUGAGUACAAGACUGUCUCUUCUAACAAGUCAAGAGUGCUUUUGAGUUGUGUUGAUGAAAAUUGCACGUGGAGGAUGCGUGCUAUCAAGCUACCUGUUUCAGAUUUUUUCGUUGUUAAAAAGUAUGUUCAUGAGCAUACAUGCGAUACAACACACAGGAAAGCCAACCACAGACAAGCAUCUGCAAAGUUGUUGGGUUCUUUGAUUUCCAGCAAUUAUGGAGAAAAAAAGGAAGGUCUCAAACCGAAACAGAUCAUUGAACAGGUCAGGAUGCUGCAUGGUGUUCACAUCAAUUACAAACAAGCUUGGAGAGUGAGAGAAGAAGCUCAGAUUUUGGUUAGAGGGACUCCUGAAGACAGCUAUUACAAUUUGUCUAGGUGGUUGUAUAAAAUCACAGAAACAAACCCUGGUUCCUUGACUUAUCAACAUGUUGAUGCUGCAGGAAAGUUCAAGUAUGCAUUUGUGGCUUUUGGUCCAUCGAUAAGGGGAUUUUCAUUGAUGAGGAGAGUUAUUGCAGUAGAUGGUACAUUUCUGAAGGGAAAAUUCAAUGGGACUUUAUUGGCAGCUUGUGCUCAAGAUGGGAAUUAUCAUCUAUAUCCUCUCGCCUUUGCAGUGGUUGACGCAGAAAACGGCGCCUCUUGGAAAUGGUUCUUUAGAGGUUUGAGCCAGAAGAUCCCGGACGCUUCGGAUCUUGUUUUUGUAUCAGACAGGGCUAACUCCAUUUCUUCAGCGUUGGAGGAUGUAUAUCCCUUAUCUCACCAUGGAAUUUGCAGGAUCCAUCUGCUCCGCAACAUCACUCCUACAUAUGCGAAGACUGGGUUGCUACCUCUGGUGGAAAGCGCUGCUGAUGCCUAUACGUGUCACGAGUUCUGGUUAAUCUUCAAGGACAUAAAGGAUAAAUGUCCUGAAUUGGCUAAGUAUCUGGAAGAGUCUGAUUUUAGGAAGUGGGCACGAAGCUAUGCGCCUGCGAACAGGUAUAAUAUCAUGACUACCAACAUUGCAGAGUCUCUCAAUUCUAUGUUGAAGAUGCCUCGUGAGUUGCCCAUUAUCUCUCUCCUUGAAACUAUCAGAUUGACGAUGACCACUUGGUUUUUUGAGCGACGCGAAGCGGCUGCGAAACAUAAGCACCUGGUUACUCCAAAAGUUGUUCAGAAAUUGGUAUCUAGGUUAGGGGCCGCAAUGUUGUUGAAUGUGUAUCAAGUUGAUCGAAGCGAGUUUGAGGUGAAGAAUGAAACAAUGAAGUUUGUUGUUGACUUGGAGAAGCGGCAUUGCACAUGUAAUGUUUUCGACAUUGACAAGAUCCCCUGCAUCCAUGCCAUCGCUGCUGCUAAGCAUAUCAAGAGAGAUGAAAACCGUUUUGUUGAUGCUUCUCACUUGACAGAAACGUGGGCUAAAGCUUAUGCUGAAAGCAUACAUCCUGGUGGAGAGUUGUCAACGUCCACCUAUCCAGAGAAUAUUGAUGAACUGUCUUGCCCACCUCCAGCUACCAAAAAGAAAAGUGGACGCCCUCCUACAAAGAGAAAGAGAUCCGUUGGCGAGUUUGGGGUUCCUGGAUCUAAAUCUCAGUCCCACAAGUGCAGCAGAUGUGGCACAGGAGGGCACAACAAGAUCACAUGCCAGAGGCCUAUAGGAUGA